AUGAGCCGCUUGUGUCGGCUGCGCGAACUUGAGCUGAUUCGCUGUACCGCCUUGCGGCACCUCCCUGAGUGUCUCUCCCAGCUGCAGCAGCUCAUUCUGCGUGACACCUCCAUUCCCUUGCUCCCGGCGAAUCUCGUGCGACUGACUGAGGAGGGACCGGAGUCAAGGAGUGAGGAGGGACCGGAGUCAAGGAGUGAGGAGGGACCGGAGUCAAGGAGUGAGGAGGGACCGGAGUCAAGGAGUGAGGAGGGACCGGAGUCAAGGAGUGAGGAGGGACCAAAGUCAAGGAGUGAGGAGGGACCGGAGUCAAGGAGUGAGGAGGGACCGGAGUCAAGGAGUGAGGAGGGACCGGAGUCAAGGAGUGAGGAGGGACCGGAGUCAAGGAGUGAGGAGGGACCGGAGUCAAGGAGUGAGGAGGGACCGAAGUCAAGGAGUGAGGAGGGAUGGGAGUCAAGGAGUGAGGAGGGACCGGAGUCAAGGAGUGAGGAGGGACCGGAGUCAAGGAGUGAGGAGGGACCGGAGUCAAGGAGUGAGGAGGGACCGGAGUCAAGGAGUGAGGAGGGAUCGGAGUCAAGGAGUGAGGAGGGACCGGAGUCAAGGAGUGAGGAGGGACCGGAGUCAAGGAGUGAGGAGGGACUGGAGUCAAGGAGUGAGGAGGGACCGAAGUCAAGGAGUGAGGAGGGAUCGGAGUCAAGGAGGCAGUGCAGUGGGCUCGUUCUAGUGCAGUGGAGCGUGGCGGUGGUGAGCAGGGCAGUGCAGUGGGCUCGUUCUGGUGCAGUGGAGCGUGGCGGUGGUGAGCAGGGCAGUGCAGUGGGCUCGUUCUGGUGCAGUGGACCGUGGCGGUGGUGA